AUGGCAUUCAAGUUAGCUAUAAUCGGAUCAUCGACAAUCCUUAUCAGCGUUGCAACAUACAAAUAUAUGUUAAAACCAAGUCCAAGUAUCUAUAGUGAAAAACCUUUUUUUGAAGAAGCUCUGACAUUGACUCGUGGCUAUAAGCCAAUUAAAGACAAACUAGUCGAACCAAUUAAACCACUUAAAAUAGAUACAUCGAAUGAAUUCAAUACUCUUACACUUCUUGGAGCACAAGUUCAAAUUCCUGUUCGAGGUGCUCAACGAUCAGGCACUGUGUAUUGUUAUGCAACACGCGAUUCAUUAGAUGAUGAAUGGCACGUAGAUAAACUAGAAUUCAAACCGAAUAGUCAACCGAAUCGUUAUCUCUUCUAUAACCGAUCUCUACGACGUGUACCAACACCAAUUGAACAAGAAUAUAUUAACUAUAAGAAAGAAAUUGAAGAAAAAAAAGCAAAAGAAUCAACUACACCAGCUUCGGCGUAG